UCUUUUCCCCGACCCUUCGAAUUAAGUUAUCUUCUCCGGUUACUUGUUUGGUUUUCGUUGGUCCUGUGCAUCAAUUCUCCUCAUCAUCCUGACCUCCCUCCUCCCACUUGAUUUUGCGGACCAUUUUGUCCGAGAGAUGAGUGCCUCAGUUGGCUCCUGUGGAGUUGGAUUCGCCCAGGAGAAUUGAUUUGUGACCGGCGGUGGAGGGAGAUUUAGGAUGGGCGAAGUUAACAGCAUGAAGACACCUCCGCUUCCAUCGCCGGCCGAGGCCCCUUCGCCUGUCGCCGCGCCCCAUUCCCAUUGUCGACCCUCCUUGCAGCCAGCCCAUUCUGUUUCUGUUCAUGAUGUUCACUAUGCAGUUGAUGGACAUGCGACGCCGGGGAACAGUUCACGCAAUGCUAACUCUCGCUCUUCUCCUAUAUCGCACGAACAGACUGCGACCGCAUGCCACAUCCCGUCACCUCCGAAGAAGGACAGUCCUGAAGCGGGAAAAGGAACCCAGGAGGAUCAAGGGCGCAGUUUGCAGACCCUCAAGGAGCUCCGGAGGCAGAUGGAAGAAUUACUGGUCUAUCAGCAGAUGCAGCAAUCCCAGAACCAAUCCACCUCGGCCGCUCGAGAGCUUUCUGCAUCGCAACCCGAUCCCGCACCUUCGAGCACCACAGAGUCCACCAGGAAACGGCCGCUCAAUGUGUCGUUCGCGAAAACCCUAUCAACCACGGGAGCAUUGCCUUCUGCCUCAUACUCCGACUCCACUGGUUCUGGUGGCACCAUUAGAGCCAUGGAUUCCAACACCUCUCCCGACAACCUCCCCGGACCAACUCCGUCCUACCCCUUCCCAAGAAUGGAGUCGCACUUUCCGAACAGAGCAGCCCAGGACUCCGCCCUCAACCACAACGCAUUCAAGUUGACCCUACCUGCCGACAAAGUCAAGGCCCGGAUGGGACCGUCCGACAAUGCGGACGAACAAUUUUCUGCUGCGGCGUAUCCUCAAGGUGUUUUUUUACCGCCUCAGUACAAGGCUGUGCCCGAGGAUCCAGCCUACCCCAGCCCCAAUCUGUAUGAACUUACCCUGCAGUUGAACGCAGAUCCCGGGUUGGAAGCGUGGUGGGCAAACGUCGUCCAGAUUCUGCAGACACACUACGGAGCGGAGAGAGCAUCGCUGGCCGUACCAGGAGACGCAACAGAUUUGGAGAAUGUUCCGUGGGGCCAGAAAGCAGUCUUUGACCCAGACGCCCUCCCUAUCGAUGCGGGACAAUUGCAGGGUGAAGCGAGUACGAGCGACGACGCCGCCUCGAAGGGGAAUAAGGAAGCGACGGCAAAAAAGAAAGGGCUGCUGGCAGAAGCUGUUUUGAAUGGGUCGAAAGCCUCCCAUUCGCCAAAGCGACCGUCCUUAUUGUCACGGCACUCGUUCGCUGGCUUUGGAAAGGAACGGAAACAGCCCGACUGGCGUGACACGGAAUCUAAAUGCGGGGAACAUGUCGGCGGUCCACCUAAGACGGAGAGCAAAGGAACGCAGAGCGACAUCGAGACUCCGACCAACGAACCGGAGCCAACGUUCGGGCUGACACCUCAACGUCUGGCGGUAUUCCCCGUACCCCGACCGCUAGAAGUCGAGUCCGAUCCGCUUAUCAAGAGAACUGGGGUGGUAAAGCUCUUUGGACGCACCAAUCCCGUUGUUCUAACACGAGAAUAUUCAGAGGGAGUGGUUAACCAUCCCGGUCAAGGAGAGCCCCUCGAAACCCCAGAAGACAAACCUCAGGCCACCCCAACAGCGCAACCAGCAAACGCCAAUCAAUCAUCCCGUCCAGCGCGCGCGAGAGGGGUAUCCAAUCCUGGUCUGUUCAAGUCCAGGGGGACCCCGUCCAUGGAAUUGUUCGACGAGUAUGAACAGGUGCCCCCUUCCCCGUGGUCUCAAUCCCCAGCUCCAUCCCCUGCACCUCGCGCCCAUGCGGAGCAGAAUCCAUUCUUCGUCAGCCACGCCGUCGAUGAGAGUGCAUUCGCAAAGCAUCCCCCGCCUCACGAUUAUUCCAAUUUGGGUCCACUGGAAGCCAUUGGCGUUGACUUCGCCAAGUCGGUGGUCCACAUUCCUCUUCUGCACGUCGGUCGCGCCAAGGAUACGUCGCCGUCCACUCUCCGGUUCCCCGUCGCUGUGAUCUCGAUAUUAUCUCCCGUCAUCCCCUAUCCCACGAAUCUCAGAAGAUCACUGUCAUAUCUUAUGCCCCAUCUUACGACUUCGUUUGGCCUCGCUCAACAGUACAGCCAGCUUGAGCGUCAAAUCACUUCUCGGCUUGAGGCUCCACGCUAUGGCCAUCUUCUGGGUCUUGGCGGGACCUUCUCAGAUGAAAGCAGCGAGCUGGAGCUGGUUGCGGGUCUCAGUGGCCAUGUGAGCUACACAAUUGCGGAUGACGGAUCUUUGUCUGCUAGAGCUAGUAUCUCUAGUCCAGAAGAAAGAUCGAGUUCGACUAAGCUCAGUCCUUCGCUAUCCAAUCUCGGGACACCCGGCUUCGACCUCGGUCUGAUCGCCUCAGGGGGAACCACUUUGUGUGAAUCUCCUGGGGUGGUGCCCAAGACGGGUACUGAUAACCCCGAUGGGUACUUCAACGUACAUCAGUCGAAGGGCUUCCGUGAUGCCAUCACUCAGCAUCGGAACAGAUUGGCCAAGAUGAGACAGAACAUGGCGUCAUCAACCCCUACUUCUCCAGGGAGGCUUGUGAGUAAGUCUGCCGAUGAAGAAGCCACUCCGCAAGAUCAAAGUCCGGGGGUUGUCUCUCCCUCGCAGGAUACGAAGGGGCCACAGGUGGUAUCCCCAACGCAGACUGCUUCCCGCCAUCCCUCCACGAAUUCCUUCUACGCUCAACUGCAACGCGAGCUUCCGCGCCCCUUCUCCGAUACUGUGGCUCAGCUUAUGCUGAACUCGGUGCCCUUACACCUCUUUCUUGCCAAACCGCAGAGCGGAGAGGUAAUAUGGACCAACUCCAAGUUCGAUGCUUACCGACGGAGUCAGCCUCAGGAACAAAAGGUUCGAGAUCUCUGGCAGAAUAUUCAUAGCAGCGAAAGAGAGCACCUGUCUCAGGAAUGGGCGAAUGCACUGCGGACUGGGUCACAAUUUACGGAACGCGUACGAGUCAAACGAUUCAAUGACGAGUCGGCCUAUCGCUGGUUCAUCUUCCGGGCCAACCCUCUGCUGUCUUCCACCGGUGAGGUGCUUUACUGGAUUGGGUCGUUCCUCGACAUACAUGAGCAACAUAUUGCCGAAUUGAAGGCCGCCCAGGAGCGAGAAAAGUUCGCCACCGACGCGAAAUAUCGAGCCUUCUCCAACUCCAUCCCCCAGAUUGUUUUCGAAGCCACAGAAUACAGGGGCCUGAUCUUCGUCAAUGAACAAUGGCAUCUUUACACCGGUCAAAAGCUCGAGGAAGCGUUGAACUUUGGGUUUGCGAAGCACGUCCAUACCGACGACCUUGAGAAAUGCGGCCUUCUGUCUUUGUAUCUUGCCGAGCCUCAGAAGGUUGAGUCGGCCGCUGGAGCAGGGGAGAAUGCAGCGGAGGCCGUACGCAAGGCAGUCUCACAAGACAAUCAAUUUGGCCAGGGUGUCACGCCUGCAUUGGAAGAACUGGUGAGGCGUGGGGUCGCCUCUGUGCAGAGGGACGAGAACGGACGUGUCUUCUACUCUACGGAAAUCAGGCUUCGCUCGAGAGGUGGAGAUUUCAGAUGGCAUCUGGUUCGUCUGGUUUGCGUGGAGACCAGCAGCUUUGGCAGCGGAGAGGCGUCCUGGUACGGCACAUGCACGGAUAUCAAUGACCGCAAGAACCUCGAACGCGAACUCAACAAAGCCAUGCAGCAACUCAAUAACCAAAUGGAGUCGAAGACCAAGUUCUUCAGUAACAUGUCUCACGAGAUCCGGACUCCGCUCAAUGGAAUACUAGGCACCAUUCCUUUCAUUCUAGACACCCAGCUGGAUACUGACCAGCGGCGCAUGCUUGACACUAUCCAAAACAGCUCAACCAACCUGCGAGAGCUGGUUGAUAAUAUUCUGGAUGUCUCCCGGGUGGAAGCUGGCAAGAUGACAAUGGUUAACUCAUGGUUCCAUGUACGAUCUGUGAUCGAGGAUGUCAUUGACACCGUCUCGUCUAGAGCAAUCGACAAGGGCCUUGAGAUCAACUAUUUGAUGGAUUCAAACGUUCCGCCGAUGGUCAUCGGAGACAGGUUCCGUAUUCGCCAAGUUCUCAUCAACCUUGUCGGUAACGCAGUCAAGUUUACUGCUCAGGGUGAGAUCCAUAUAUGCUGCUCUAUCUAUGAUGGUAGCCCAGCUCCUCCCAAGUCCACGGAAUUGUUGUUGAACUUUGAUGUCGUCGAUACCGGCAAAGGCUUCAGCGUCCGGGAUGCAGAACGACUGAUGCAGCGGUUCAGUCAACUUGGACAGAACGGCUCGCAACAGCAUGCCGGUAGUGGUCUGGGACUAUUCCUUUCAAAGCAGCUUGUCGAGAUGCAUGGUGGCAAGUUGACGCCCACCAGUAAGGAAGGGCAAGGUGCCAAGUUCUCGUUCUAUGUCAGAGUGGACGCUCCACCACCGCCGCCGACCCCUGAUGAGCCCCGACUUGUCCGGCAAUCCUCCAGCACUUCUGAUGUAUUCCUGGAGCAUUUCAAGCCGAAUCCACUGCAGAAGCUGCUGUUCAGAAAGGACUCCAUGGAUAGCCGAGGACCUGACGCGGCGGAUUUCUCUUCGGCUCUCGAGAACUCAUUGGCACAACCCCAAACAGGCUACGAACCCCAUGUACGCUUCCCUUCGAUCAAUUUCUCGGAAAAGUCUUCUAUCUCUUCUGCACUUCCGACUCCAGACCUCUACACGGUGGAUCCGUUGGCCAAGCUUGACCACACCAAGUCUGCCCUCCCAAGCGGUGAUAUCACGCAGCCAACGGCACCAUCCUCCUCCUCGCCUUCGCAAGAAUCUUUCGCUUCAACCAAGCCUACGGAGUACACUGGAUCGGACGCGCAGCCUCUACCCAGCAGCUAUUGGAUUCUGAUCCUCUGUCCUCUGGACAACACUCGCCAGGCUAUCAAGCAACAUAUCGAGCAGGUGGUUCCCCUCGAAGUUCCUUUCUCCAUAACCUCUACAUCUGAUGUGGAAGAUUGGAGGGACUCGGUCAGCGAUGUCACCAAGCUUACUCAUCUGGUCCUUAAUUUGCCCAACGUGGAUGACGUUUUGGAUAUGAUGCACUACGUGUCAGAGUGCGAUCUCGAGACCGCACCCAGUCUGGUCAUCAUCUCUGAUCUGUACCAGAAGCGACAAAUCAAUUCCAGGAUUCUGGAGUUGGCGUCCAGCGGGAGACGUAUAUACACCGUACCGAAGCCAGUGAAGCCGUCUGCCUUCUCAUCCAUAUUUGAUCCCGACAAUAGGCGCGACUUGAGCAAGGACAGGAACCAGGAUAUGGCUCGGGAGAUCAACAACAACUUCAAGACCAUGUCGAAGAUGGUGAAAGAGGUCAUCGGGAACAAGGGAUACAGAGUGUUACUCGUUGAAGAUGAUGAUACAAACCGUAUGGUGAUGUUGAAAUACCUCGACAAAAUCAAGGUGAUGGCAGAGACAGCCACCAAUGGUCAAGAGUGCACUGAGAUGGUAUUUUCUAAGGAACCGGGAUACUACUCUCUUAUCAUCUGUGAUAUCCAAAUGCCCAUCAAGAACGGCUAUGAGACAUGUCGUGAGAUCCGCGCCUGGGAAUCCAAGAACCACUACCCACAAAUACCGAUCAUGGCUCUUUCAGCCAACGCAAUGACGGAUCAAAUCGAGGAUGCUGCGCGCGCUGGCUUCAAUGAUUAUGUCACCAAACCGAUCAAACACAACGAACUCGGAAAGAUGAUGAUGGGACUGCUUGAUCCCAACCGGCCUUUGCUUCUUCUGCGGGACCGUCUCAAGGCCGAGAAUGCGGGGAAGUUCCGCGCCGAGUGAAGGCCAGCACGUGUCGACUCUCCAGUGUUAUAAUGUACCUGCUACGUAUUCCACCCCGACUCAUUCGCCUUGUGGAGGCGAGAUUUAAUAAUUUCUUUUUCUUGUUUUGUUUGGGACCGGCAAUGAAGU